AGAUGGCGGUGACCAGUGAGGGAGCCGGUGUUGCUGGACUGAAACGGACUCAUUUGGGAAUUCCGGAGGCAGUGUUUGUGAUGUAGAUGCUUUUAUGAAGAAACCUGGAAAUGAGACAGCAGAUGCAGUACUCAAGAAACUGGAUGAGCAGUAUCAGAAAUAUAAAUUUAUGGAACUUAAUUUGACCCAGAAAAAAAGAAGGCUAAAGAGCCAGAUUCCAGAAAUUAAGCAGACCUUAGAAAUUUUAAAACACAUGCAGAAGAAAAAGGAUACUACUGAACCAAUGAAAACUAGGUUUCUGCUAGCCGAUAAUCUGUACUGUAAAGCAUCUGUGCCACCUACAGACAAAGUCUGCCUGUGGUUGGGGGCAAAUGUUAUGCUUGAGUACGAUAUUGAUGAAGCUCAGGCUUUACUUGAAAAGAAUCUUUCAACUGCUACAAGAAACCUUGAUUCUACAGAAGAAGACCUCGACUUCCUUAGGGACCAGUUCACUACUACAGAAGUCAAUAUGGCUAGAGUUUAUAAUUGGGAUGUAAAAAGAAGAAACAAAGACGAUCCUUCAAAAAGCAAAGCAUAACAUCUCCUCGUUUUAAAUGUGACCAGUUUCUAAACAGAUUUUUAAAAAGCCCCUAACAUUUAGGAUGGAGUUAACACUCCUUUGGAGCGAGCAAAGCUGAUCGGAGAGCAGGCACCAUUUUAUUUAUUGGUUCACCCUGAUUUCAUGCAUGCUUUGGUUGGAAGUUGUAUAUCAUUUAUGCUGUUCUCUUGCCAAACUAUCUAUGAAGCUGAAUGAAAACAUUUUUAUCUAAAAGGUUUUUGGGUUUUCUGUGUUGUCCACAGUCGUCAUUCUCAAGACAUUCAGUCUAUUAAUUUCACAGGGGAAUUUUUUUUUAAAUAUAUUCUGGUAUUAUACUGUGCAAUUUCAGGGUAGUAAUUAAAAUGCUGCAUCUUCAUCCUUUUUUACUCAUCAGUGAAGAGGCUUAGAGGUUGACAGUUACUUAAUCUAAUUUCCUGUUUUGGUAGCACUGCAUUCUUUUAAGUUAUAUUUAAUUUUUUUAAACACUUUUUUUUUUUCUUUUUUAAAGCACUGCUCAUCAUGUCUGCACGCUGCAUUCAUCUUGUAAAAUGUAUUUCUGUUGACCAUAGUGUAAACCGAUUGGAAUAUAGCAAAGGUUUAACCCUUAAGCUGCAUUAUAAAAAAUUGUAUUUUAAUGAAACCUUGGUCUCUGUCAAAGGUACCUUCUGAUAAUGCAAUUAAAAACACUUAGUUCAAUGAUA